CGCCAUGGCUAUCGAGAUUCAUCGAUUACGCGUGUUUCUGUGAUUACACGUGUACGGAGCUCUGUGUGUGUUUGCGUAACUUCGGUCAACUAUUAGAACGAGAGCGAGGUUUGUGAGAGAGAUAGAGAGAGAGGUAUGGGUUCGUCCUUGUCGAAUCUAAACGACGGGACGAAUGGUUUGGCUAUGGGACCUGGUCUCGGCGAUAUACCGGAAAGUUGCGUCGCUUGUGUGUUUAUGUAUCUGACUCCGCCGGAGAUUUGCAAUCUGGCUGGAUUGAAUCGUUCGUUUCGUGGUGCGGCUUCUUCGGAUUCUGUUUGGGAGAAGAAGCUUCCGGCGAAUUAUCAGGAUCUGCUUGAUUUAUUGCCGCCGGAGAGGUAUCAUAGUCUCUCGAAGAAGGAUAUUUUCGCUGUGCUCUCUCGUCCAAUUCCCUUUGAUGAUGAUAAUAAGGAACUAUGGAUUGAUAGAGUUACAGGACGAGUUUGUAUGGCAAUUUCUGCGAGAGGAAUGGCUAUAACUGGAAUUGAAGACCGGAGAUAUUGGAACUGGAUUCCGACGGAAGAAUCUAGGUUCCAUGUUGUAGCCUACUUACAGCAGAUUUGGUGGUUUGAAGUUGAUGGAACAGUGAGGUUCCAUCUCCCACCUGGUAUAUACUCUCUAUCAUUCAGAAUCCAUUUAGGGAGAUUCACAAAAAGGUUAGGGAGACGUGUGUGCCACUUUGAACACACUCAUGGUUGGGAUUUAAAGCCGGUAAGGUUUUCGCUUUCAACUUCUGAUGGUCAAGAAGCAUCAUGUGAAUAUUACUUGGACGACGUAGAGAGAGACGAAGCACUCAAGCAACACAAACGCGGUUGUUGGAUCAACUAUAGGGUUGGAGAAUUCAUAGUGAGUGGAUCAGAACCAUCGACCGAAAUCCAAUGGUCGAUGAAACAGAUUGACUGCACACACUCGAAAGGCGGGUUAUGCGUUGAUUCAGUCUUCAUAAACCCAAUUGGUGAUGUGAAAGAACAUACCAAAACACCAAAAGCUUUUGAUUCUUUCAAGCUAUCAUGUGACCGAGCCGGACCUGAGAUGAAGUGGUCAGAUGCAAACCGUCCGGUUCAAGUGGUAGGCCUCUGGCAUCAACACAAUACACAUUCUCAAGAUCUGUCUUCAAUUGAGCUUUUCUCACCGCGUCAAGAUAUGGUCCUGCUCCUGUCGCUAGAGCCACCUUUUGUUGUUUAGGUCACAACAAAAAAGAUAUUAGAAGCAUGUAACUAAAUAUCAGAUUCUUUC